CUGCCGUUUUGGGACGGAAGGGACGCGUCGAAUUUUUAUCCGACUUUCGCUCUUUAUUACCAGCUUUGUGAAUAAUUACAAUGGUGAAUGAAAGCAAUCAAGAGAAGUCAGAAAAUUUGGACCUUUUAACUUGCAUUCAUUGGGGAUAUCUUAAUGUUUUGCAACUCCAUGAUGUAUCAGGAAAAAAGAUCAAGCACCCUCGUUGGCAGACAUUUUGGACAGAUCUAUGUGGCUCAACUUUGCGUUUUUAUAAGGAUACAACAUUACCUGACAAUAACAAACUAUUUCCUCCAGCAACUGUGAUUGGUCCAAGACCUGAGGACCAGAUAAAGUAUUCAUUUUUUAGUUUAAAGAAUGGAAGUGUAAAAGACUAUGACGCAAUAUCCAAUUCUCCAAAGUUACGUCGAAAGAACAAGAUAGGACGAAAGAAUGUCCUACAAAUAACUUUGGCAAAUUUCUCCGUUUACUACUUGCAGGCACCAACUAUGUCUGCUUUUUACAGAUGGAGGACAAAAUUGCAGUCAAGUAUUGAUAGCGCUGAGGCGCCUGAAAGGUUUUAUGAAAAGCAGUUGCGCGAGGCAAAGAUGGAACUUUUUGAGCUGCACAGAUGUCAUGUUAAAGUUGAACCACAAUACCCUGAAACAGAUAGUGAAGUGAAACAAAUUGCAGAUAAAUUUUCUUCGACCUGUAACCCACAGCUACGUGCUCUCCAGGACAAACUUAUGGAGAAGGAAAACUUUCUGAAGCAGUUAGAAAAACAAGAAAGAGAUUUUUUAGGAAAUGAAGACGAAAGCAAAAGUACGCUGACAAGAAUAGAGUUUACUGCAACAGCAGGAAAGAGGUAUUUUUUGGUGAUUGGACGACGCGAUACGCUCAUAUGUAAAGGAGAAAGCUUCACUGUAUUUGGAAGAUUACCAAAUGAACGUUGGAGGUGUUAUGUUGAAAGAAAAGAACGUUUGUAUAAGAGUGACGAUGGCAAAGUUUGUGAAAAUUUCUCGUAUCCGUUGAUCGGAUCAGUUCCAAGUAGUGUGAUUGUUGAAUUAAACCAACCGUCACGUAUAAAAGAUUUAGUGGAUAGUCUUUCUGUUUCGUCGGGCGAUAUUUCACCUCCUGGAACUCCCCCUGAUGAUCUUUCCACGUCAGUUAUAGGUGACGUCAUAACUCCACCACGAUCGCAGUCGCCACGACGUAUUUCUGAUGCUUCCUCUUUCAAAGGACAAAAUUCACGCUUGGAGCCGUACUCUUCUCAUAGACGAAAUUCAAAACUUGAGCCACCAAAACAUUCAGCUAACACCUCUCUAUUUACCAGAUCUAAACAACUUAAUCCCCAGGGUACUUUACCGUUAUGUCAACGCGUUCCAAGGUCAUCGACCUUAUCGAUAUCACCCACUUCUCCAUACGGGAAAAGUAUUGAUAAUGCUAUAUCUGACUUGAACCUGGCGUUGAGUAGUUUGAAUGCCCUUAAACAACGCCCUAGGGCUUCAUCCGAUGUCUCCAUACGCAGUCAAACUUCCAACUCCAGUCAAGAAUACGAAAGUCCGGACAUGAGUCGUAUUUCGAAGAUUGAGUUACAUUCAGAUGAUGGUGAUACAACUGUUCGAAGAAGAAAGAAAAGAGAUAUUCAUAUAUCUCGAAAACUUCAUGCUAAAGGCAUUUCUAUCAUUGUUGGUUCUUCAAGCUCUUCUGAAGAUGAAGAUGAGGGUGACAAAGUAGACGGUAAUCUGGAACAGCGAAACCAAUUAUCUGACUCCUUAAAUGAAGUUUCAAAAUCAAGAACAAUAGAAGGUCUACAGACUUCUAAAGAAAAACUCGCAGAAAAAGUGGUAAAAGGUGUAAAAGGUUUGCCAGAGAUCAAACAGCCAACAAAAGAAAGACCGGUCGUCGAUAACAUUACUAUAACUACCGAUCUCCUGCAAGAGUUCUCGGAAAAUGGUUGCUAUGGUGAACCUAUAAGGAACAGUGUGACACAAUCUCAAUUUAAACCUCUUGCAAGUCAUGAGAUUUCGCCACCUUUACAUCAAAGACGAACGUUGCAAAUGACACGUAAAGAAAACGAGGGAUUUGGUUUUGUUUUGCAGACUAGUACUGUGAUCCAAACAGAUGCUUAUAGUGACACUAUGACUUAUAUAUCCAAUGUUUCAGAAGAUGGUCCUGCAUAUCUAGCUGGCAUGAGACCAGGUGACGUAAUCAUAGAGAUUGACAAUAUGAAAGUUGAAGACGAACCUCAUCAUAUGAUUGUAGGAAAUAUAAAAAACGCAGGCUUAUCUGUAAGACUCGUUGUUGUUUAUAAAGAAGCAAUAAAGCGAAUGAAAAUGUCUACACGUCUUAUAGCACUGAAGGCUCGUCUCAAACAAGCUGAGGCGGCUUAUGAAGACGUCAUCAGGAAAGAGCAAGUUCUUCUUGAUCACUUGAAAGACACGCAAAUAACGGACGCCAAAAUAAGAUCACCUGUUGUAUAUAUACACAGUCACACUUCUAGCACAACCUUUGCUCGCGAGACGGCUGAAAUAAAAAAUUCCGUAAAUCAAGUAAAACGAACACCUUUGGAGCUGCUGGAAGCACAAAAACAAUCAACUGAAUUCUCAAAGUAUUGCGGUGUUUCUACCACAAGUUAUGAACUGGUGCGAGAAUUUGCAACGACUUGCGAGCCAGAAAAUAAAGAUGGGUUUGUCCAAAAAAGUGAUUCGUCAAAAUUUACGAGCGAUUCAACAAUAAAUUCAAGUAAAGGACAAAGUGAAGUGAAUUUCAAACAAAAAACAUUUCGGCAGUUACCACAUUCAUCUUUCAUUUCCUACAUUGACUUUGAUCAAAAUAGGUUUGGUGUAAAAAAGGAGCAUGACUCUGUUACAUCGACAAGAAAGCGAUUAGUACCUAACUGCGACGAUGAAUCCAAAUAUUCUGUCGAAUUAGAUGAUGAACUUCGACCAAAAAAGAAUAUCUCCACAUCCCAAACGCAGGCAACGAGACCAGAGUCGUAUAAAUUCGCCCUUGGUUCGCAGAAUACUAUCGAUAGCAAUCUUGAUCUUAACAGUAAAUAAUCACCAAUUAAAAAUUUUGAUGGGGUUAGUAAGUAGCGGAUUUUACAUUUUACGUUGAUCAUUGCCUUUAGAACUCAAUGAAUUGUACGAUUGAAAAACACCAUUAGUUCAUUCAUUAUCCAUUAAAUGGAAGAACCUUUACGGUAUACAUCAUGAUACAUCAGGAAUCCGCACUGUCCAUCAUUUCAUUCACCGAUUUUGCUACAUCGUGAUGGUUUUUUCACCUAGAAAUGAUCGAUUGAACACAUUAAGGAACAUUUUAGUAUGGACCGACCAUGUGAUUUUCUAGUAUUAUGUGUGGGCAACUAGCAUCGUUAUGGCAUUACCUCUUGAAUAGCACAUGUGAUUUCUUUUAAACAUGGUGGUGCACUGCUGUUUGUAAAACCUUUUCCAGCCGACAAUUUGAAGAAAAUAUAGAGAUAAAACACACUAAAUAAAAAAGAAAAUCUUGUAAACUGAAGAUUCGAGUUAUAUCAGCAAGAGAUAAGAUUUAAAUGGUUAUGUAACUCGAAUCUUGAGUUCACAGGAUGAUAAUUUUUGGAGCAUGUUUUAUCUGAUACUGUUGUUUUUUGUAUAAUAUUGUGUAUAGUUAUAUAUAUUGUGAAUAAUGCAUUUGCUGUUUUGUGA